GAGUAUGGAUAACGGGAAAAUGAUGAGAACGCCUAUGCCAAGUACUGACAGUGUGAAAGUAGCAGUGCGAGUGCGACCUUUUAGUCAGAGAGAGAAGAAUUCUGGGAGCAAAUGUGUGAUUUCCAUGGAUUCCAGGGCUACUACCACCAUACAAGACCCCAAGAAUCCAGGGCAUGUGAAGACAUUUACUUUUGAUCUGGCAUAUUGGUCUCACAAUGGAUUUCAAAAGGAUAAAGAUGGUGUCCUUAUUUCUGCUGAUCCUACCAGUAAAUUUGCAAGUCAGAGAGACGUUUUCCGUGACAUCGGAAGGGGGAUUCUGGACAGCGCUUGGCAGGGCUACAAUGCUACCCUUCUGGCCUACGGGCAGACGGGCUCCGGAAAGAGCUACUCCAUGAUUGGCUUCGGUGCAGACAAGGGCAUUCUUCCAAGUGUGUGUGAAGAGCUCUUUCGAACGAUUGAGAAGCAGGAGAGAAAUCAAGAAUACCAGGUUACAUUCAGUAUGCUGGAAAUUUACAACGAACAGAUAAGAGACUUGCUCUCCAGCACCAAAAAGCCUGGGGGACUAAAACUCAGGGAAGAUCACCACCUGGGCUUUUAUGUGGAAGGUCUGAAGUCUGUGCCUUGCAAGAACUAUGCUCAAAUUGAAAAGCUGAUGGAACAAGGAACAAGAAUCAGGACCACAGCUUCAACCAACAUGAAUGCCAGCAGCAGCCGGUCCCACAUGGUAACCACCAUUCAGUUCAAGCAGGUUUUUCUAGACAGAGCCUUUACCAAACAAUCCAGCAUCAAUUUGGUGGAUUUAGCAGGAAGUGAAAGACAGAAAUCUUCAGGAUCUGAAGGAGACAGACUGAAGGAAGGAUCACGGGUCAACUUGAGUUUAACCAAUUUAGGAAACGUUAUCAGUGCUCUGGCUGACGCUGCCCUGGGGAAGAGAGUCCUGCAUAUACCCUACCGAGACUCGGUCCUGACCAAACUGCUCCAGUCGGCUCUGGGUGGGAACAGCAGAACUACUUUGAUUGCAGCCAUAAGUCCAGCUGACAUCUGCUACGAGGAAACUUUAUCGACAUUAAGAUAUGCGGAAAGGGCUAAAAAAGUCCGGAACAAAGCUGUGGUCAACACCUGCACACUGGCAAGAGGGUCAAAGGCAGAGAGCGAAAAACUACUGCUUGGACGUGGAAACUCUGGAGUGGCAGAACACCAGCUGGGGACUCUUGCUGCCCAGGGGACUUGGGCACACCUGCUGGAGCAGGCGUGGAGAGACUGGGAGCAGCAGUACGCGGUCACGGCCCUGGAGCGGCAGCUGACGACAACCCUCCCUUACCUUCUCAAUGUCAAUGAGGACCCACAGCUCACAGGGGUCCUCAAGUACUUCAUCCGCGCGGGUUCGUGUGAUGCUGGUCAGGCUGCUUCCAAUGCCAUCACUCUUCAAGGCCUGGGAAUUUCAGGUAAACACGCUUCCUUCACGAAUUUGGAUGAUAACGUGACAGUCACUCCAUACAGCAAAUGUAAGGUUGUCAUCAACGGGGUGCCUACUACAACCAGGACAAAGCUGCAUCAUUUGGACCGCAUCAUUUUGGGAUCCAACAGUGCCUACCUCUACAUUGGGUUUCCUUCUGAGCGAGGCAGUGAGGACUUGAGCAGAUUUGACUAUGACUUUUUCCAGCUGGAGAGGGCAGCCGUAGAGGGAGUGAGUGUGCACAAGCUUGGUGCUGUGAGCAGUGGAGAUGGCCCAGCAGACCCCAGUGUCCUGGCUGCAUUCCAGGACUACAUCAAACUCAUGCCACUGGUCGCAGAAGCAAAUCAAAUGAGUGAAGAGCUAAAGAAGGGACUUAAAAUGGAAUUGAAGGUGAAGAACUUAGCAUCAUCAGAUUCCAGGGGCUAUGACCUGCAAAAAGAAGUCAUGGUGAAGGUGACAAACCAAAAGACUUGUGAGGUGUGGAUUUGGUCAAAAGCAAAGUUUAUCAAUAGGAAAUUCCUAAUGGAGGAACUUUACCAGCGUUUUCUAGAUGGAGAAGACAGCCCUGUGGCUCAGGAGGAUGACCCUUUCUGGGAUCCCAUCGAGACCGUGCACUUGGGCUCAGCCCACAUUUGGCUCCAGUCGCUUGCCUACUGCAUGCAGUUUGAGGACCAAGUGGCAUUUCUGAACUGUGAUGGGCUGGAGGAGGCAGUGUUGCACAUCCAUAUCAUCCCUUGCUCACCAGCAGGACAGGCACAGAGCGAGGAGAAUGUGGUUAUUGACCCCUUGGAGCUGCUGGGCAAGAGGAUCGAUUUCCAGAUUCAUAUCAUCCGUUGCCUUGGCAUCAAGUGGCUAAAGGAAGAUGCAAAGAGGGGCAUUCAGAUAAGUUACAGAAUUUAUGAUCUCCCAAUCACUUUAUAUACCAAACCUGUAUGGAAAGUUGUGAAUCCCCAAAUUGAAGAGUCUCUCCACUUCACUGCCGUCAAUGCGUCUUGGGAGUUUCUGAAUUACUUACAGACAAAUGCUCUCGUAGUUGAUUUGUGGGGCCUUCAAGAAGGCUGUGCUGAGCUGAGCUGCUCUCAGCUGGACCUCAUGGUCACAGGUGAAGGCCACAUCAUGAUAGACACCAAGAAAAUUUCCAAUGUGAAGGACACAGGUCAGACUACAUCAAAUCAAACACCGGAACUUUAUCUAAAGAUGCUCAAGUUACAGCAGGAGAUGGAACUCCUCAGAAACAUAAACAGAGCCCUAAGAAAGGAAAAUGUGCUUCUCAAGGAAUCAUUGAAGAAAACUGGUUCUGGGCAACAAGCCCAUCAGCCUUCCAAUACCCUGAAGAUAACUCAGAUGACAGCUCAACUGCCAUCAGCCAGUGAGAUUAAUCAAAUGUGCACUCGGCAAGCCAGCUGUGACGGAGACUUUGCCAAAGCACUAAAGGUGUUCUACCAGAGCAUGAAUGUGGCAAGAGGGCAGUUUCUCAGACUGAGACAAUAUACAACCCCCGAAGAUGAUCAAAUGCUCCGGCCAUUUGUAUACCAACAGUCACAGAUGUUAAAGGACUUUGGGGACCUGCUUGAAUCCAGCCUGUGGAAACUGAAAAAUGACAUUGCUCUCAUAGUGAAAAAGAAGAAAGCAUAUUUACUGCACAUCAAACAGUGAGGAUGCAUCAAGCGAAACCUGCAAACACUUGCGCUCCAAGUUGUGAAGAUAACUCUGUGGAGACAAUGGGGCUUAAUUCACCCACUUAACCUAGUUCUACCAUUUUUAAUGGAAACUUUCCUUCAAUUUGAUUUUAAAUCAUAUGAAAGUGAAACCACACGCAGCAUGAAGGUGAAAUGGGAGACCAGAGGUAAAUGGUUAGCAGAAUGAGCUCUGGGAUCAGCACCCAGGGUUAAAUCUUGGUUAAGUGCAUCAUUUAUCAAUUUGAAGAUUUGGGGUAAUUGACUUCCCUUCUCCCUUUAGCAUCACUAUGUGGAUAUGUUUUCAGUAUUUACAGCAGACAGUUAAUAUACAGUGGUGCCUCAGUUCAUGAAAACUUCAGUUUGCGAACAAAAGCAUUUGGCAAAAUUUUGCUUCUGUUCUCAAACUCUGCAUCAAGUGAUGAACACAACUACAGCCACCUUCUCCACACAAACAUGAAUGCGGCCAUCUCCAGAAUCAUGGAACAAACUAAGUUUGUGAACCAAGGUACCACUGCACAGCAACCUUGCACACAGAAGUGAUCAGUAAGCAUUUACCAUU